CCCGCGCUUUUCGCGCCUUCGGAGCGGCGCCCGCGUCCCGUCGCUCGGCUUCCCGCCCACUUGGCCUUGUGCCGGCCGUUACCCCCUCCCUUCCGUGAGGCGAUGCGCAGGAGCCUGGCCCCCAGCCAGCUGGCCAAGAGGAAGGCGGGCGGCGAGGAGGAGGACGGCGAGUGGCGGCCGCCGGCGACUCAGAAGAGGCAGAAGGCGGGUAGUGAGGCAGAGAGCGCGGACUGCUACAGGUCGCCCUUCCGGAAGCCCUUGACCCAGCUGACCAACAGGCCUCUCUGCCUGGACAGCAGCCAGCAUGAGGCUUUCAUCCGCAGCAUUUUGUCCAAACCCUUCAAAGUUCCCAUUCCAAACUAUAAAGGGCCAACAGGCUUGCGGGCGCUGGGUAUUAAACGGGCAGGGCUGAGGAGUCCUCUCCACGAUCCUUUUGAGGAAGGAGCUCUGGUUCUGUAUGAGCCCCCACUGCUGAGUGCCCACGAGCAGCUGAAAAUAGACAAGGAUAAAGUACCUGUCCAUGUUGUGGUGGAUCCUGUCCUCAGUCGUGUUUUACGGCCUCAUCAGAGAGAAGGAGUGAAAUUCCUCUGGGACUGUGUGACAAGCCGGCGUAUUCCUGGGAGUCACGGCUGUAUCAUGGCGGAUGAGAUGGGGCUGGGCAAAACCCUGCAGUGCAUCACUCUGAUGUGGACACUUCUCCGUCAGAGUCCAGACUGCAAGCCUGAAAUCGAGAAAGCCAUGGUGGUGUCUCCCUCCAGCCUGGUGAGAAACUGGUACAACGAAGUAGAGAAAUGGCUGGGGGGAAGGAUUCAGCCACUGGCCAUUGAUGGAGGCUCCAAAGAAGAGAUUGACCGGAAACUAGUUGGCUUUAUGAACCAGCGUGGCCUGCGAGUGCCUUCACCUAUCCUGAUCAUCUCCUAUGAGACCUUCAGACUUCAUGCUGAGGCACUACAGAAGGGCAGUGUUGGGCUGGUCAUAUGUGAUGAGGGACAUAGACUGAAGAACUCUGAAAACCAAACAUACCAGGCUCUCAACAGCUUAAAUACACCUCGAAGAGUCCUUAUCUCGGGUACACCCAUUCAGAAUGACUUGCUUGAAUAUUUCAGCCUGGUGCACUUCGUCAAUUCUGGCAUCCUAGGGACUGCACAGGAAUUUAAAAGACAUUUUGAAUUGCCUAUCUUGAAAGGCAGAGAUGCAGAUGCGAGUGAAGCUGAACGACAAAAAGGAGAAGAGAGGCUUAAAGAGCUGAUCAGCAUUGUGAACAGGUGUUUAAUCCGAAGAACUUCAGACAUUCUCUCCAAAUACCUACCGGUGAAGAUAGAGCAGGUGGUCUGCUGCAGACUGACGCCUUUGCAGGCUGAGCUGUACAAGAACUUCCUGAAGCAAGCCAAGCCAGUGGAGGAGCUGAAGGAGGGCAAGAUCAAUGUGUCAUCUCUCUCUUCCAUCACUUCCCUGAAGAAGCUCUGCAAUCACCCUGCUCUUAUUUAUGAUAAGUGUGUGGAAGAAGAAGAAGGUUUUAUGGGAGCCCUGGAUUUGUUCCCUGCUGGCUACAGUACCAAAUCUGUGGAGCCCCAGCUUUCAGGAAAGAUGCUGGUUUUGGACUACAUCCUUGCUGUUACAAAAAGCACCAGUAACGACAAGGUGGUUUUAGUAUCUAACUACACUCAGACACUGGACUUAUUUGAAAAGCUCUGCAGGAACAGAAGGUAUUUAUAUGUCCGGCUGGAUGGCACCAUGUCCAUUAAGAAGAGAGCAAAGGUUGUGGAGCGAUUUAACAGCCCCUCAAGCCCUGAGUUUAUCUUCAUGUUAAGCAGCAAAGCAGGUGGCUGUGGUUUGAAUUUGAUUGGGGCUAACAGACUGGUUAUGUUUGACCCAGACUGGAAUCCAGCUAAUGAUGAACAGGCCAUGGCUCGUGUGUGGAGGGAUGGCCAGAAGAAGACCUGCUACAUCUAUCGACUGCUUUCAACAGGGACCAUAGAGGAGAAAAUAUUUCAACGCCAGACCCACAAGAAGGCACUCAGCAGCUGUGUGGUGGAUGAAGAGCAGGAUGUAGAAAGACACUUCUCACUUGGAGAGCUCAAGGAGCUGUUUUCAUUGAAUGAGACCACCAUCAGUGACACCCAUGACAAGAUCAAGUGUCGUCGCUGUGUGAAUGGCCAUCAAGUACGGCCACCUCCUGAAGGGUCUGACUGCACCUCUGACCUCUCCCAGUGGAACCACUGCGCUGAUAAGCGGGGCCUGCAGGACUCUGUGCUGAAGGCUGCAUGGGAUGCUGCUGUCACCUUCACUUUUCAUCACCACUCCCAUGAGGAGCAGCGAGGGAUUCCCUAACAGGUUAACUGUCCCCUGUGGGGGCAAAGGCAGGCUGCUGUGGCAGUCUUUAAUCCCUUUCAAGGAAAGGGGCAGUGGAUAGCAGAACAUGCUGGAUUUGUUAUGUGGCUGUGGGGUAGCAGAACAGCAUGGUUCUGAGAGGCUGGAAGGCCCUUAGCAUUGGUCAGUUUCUGCUGCAACAGCAGUGAGUUCAUUGCUUUGUCACUGCUGCUGUGUCUUAUACCUGAGAAACAGCAUGUUGGAAAUAACUAGCUCUUGUGUGCUUGAUCAGAUUCAGUGCUGAUUCCUGUGAUGUGCCUUCUACUCAGCAAAAUUCUGCCUUCAGGUUUAUGUUAAGCCUGCAGUUUUAGAGCACUUGAUAUGCAGUCACAUUUUUUUAUUGGUAGCUGUGACAGCUUCAUUUGAAAGUGUGCAGGUUCCAUUUCUGUCACAAAAUAUGAACCUCAGUUCAUUAUUCAGGAUCAAGAGAAUUUGUGCCAAAAACAUCCUCAGCUUUCAUGUUGAACAUCUCACUUUAAAGAACAUUUAGACAGUGGGAAAUCAGGCUCCGUUUCGGUCACUGCAUUUUUAAAACUACUUGCUGUAUUAUGGGUGGGAUCUCCACAUCUAGCAAAGUGUUUUAAUUAGAUCACAUUAAAACCCAGUAAUAAAAUUCACACUUCAGUA